CAUUUAAGUAAAAUCAUGACUCCUUUAUGGGGGCGUCUGCGUAUAAAUAUUAAAUAUCUGGGUCUCCGGCCUUGCAGGGUCAGAGACUCGGUGGGAUAUUGGAUUUUGAGGUUGAGGAUGAAGGCAUUGCCAUGGCCGCUGCUCUGCUUCUCUCAUAUGGUCAUUGCGGGGAUACUGUGCAUGGCGGCUGCGUCUGAGCUGGGUCCGGAAGAGUGGGCGGAGGGGGUGGGGCUGGAGACGGGAGGGCUGAGCAGAGAGAGCUUCCCGAAGGGGUUCUUGUUCGGAACGGCGUCGUCAGCGUACCAGGUGGAGGGAAUGACUAAUAAGGCGGGCAGAGGGCCAUGCAUUUGGGACCCUUAUGUCAAAAUACCUGGGAACAUUGCCGAAAACGGAACCGCUGACGUGGCGGUGGACCAGUACCAUCGGUACAAGGAAGAUCUGGACAUAAUGAAAAAUUUGAAUUUUGAUGCAUACCGAUUUUCCAUCUCCUGGUCAAGGAUUUUCCCUGAGGGAACUGGGAAAGUAAACUGGGAGGGAGUUGCCUAUUACAACAGGCUGAUUAACUACAUGCUCAAAAAAGGGAUUAUCCCAUAUGCAAAUUUAUAUCACUAUGAUCUUCCUCUAGUGCUCCAGGAGAAAUACAACGGUUUGCUCAGCCGCAGAAUAGUAGAAGACUUUGCCAAUUAUGCGGAGUUCUGCUUCAAGACAUUUGGUGAUAGGGUUAAGCAUUGGACAACAUUUAAUGAACCAAGAGUGAUAGCAGCUUUAGGAUUUGACAAUGGCAUCAAUCCUCCUUCAAGGUGUUCGAAGGAAUUUGGAAAUUGUACUGCUGGAAACUCAUCAACCGAGCCUUAUAUUGCAGCCCAUAACAUGCUUUUAUCUCAUGCAGCAGCAGCUCAGAGAUACCGUGAGAAAUAUCAAGAAAAACAGAAGGGGAAGAUUGGAAUUCUCUUGGACACCGUCUGGUAUGAACCUCUUACCAGAUCGAAGGAUGACCAGCAAGCAGCUCAGAGAGCCAUAGAUUUUCACCUUGGAUGGUUCCUACAUCCCAUUAUAUGGGGUAAAUAUCCGAAAAAUAUGCAAGAUAUUGUUGGAGAGAGGCUUCCCAAAUUCAGUGAAGAAGAGAUUAAGUUGGUAAAAGGGUCAGUGGAUUUUGUGGGAAUCAACCAGUAUACUUCUUUCUACAUGUUCGAUCCACAUAAGCCUAAGCCUAAGGUUACAGGCUACCAGGAAGAGUGGAAUGCUGGAUUUGCUUAUGACCGAAACGGGGUGCCAAUUGGUCCAAGGGCAAACUCUUUUUGGCUUUACAUUGUACCAUGGGGUAUGUACAAGACUGUGACCUACGUGAAGGAGCAGUAUGGAAACCCACCUAUAAUCAUCUCAGAAAACGGCAUGGACGAUCCAGGGAAUGUGACACUCCCCAUGGCAUUGCACGACACCACAAGAGUGAAGUACUUCCAAGACUAUUUGAUAGAAUUAAAGAAGGGCAUAGAUGAAGGAGCAAACGUACAUGGGUACUUCGCAUGGUCAAUAGUGGACAACUUCGAAUGGAAGUCGGGAUACACAUCUAGGUUUGGCAUGGUUUUUAUUGACUACAAGAACCAGCUCAAGAGGCACCCCAAGAUGUCUGCAUUUUGGUUCAAGAAAUUACUCCAAAGAAAGAAGCAGCAGUAGGAGCAUGCAUGGUGUGAAGGUCUUGUUUUUGUUGAAGUGUUCCAGUAGUACUAGUAAUUAAGGUCAAUAAUGAGAGGUAGUGAAACUUCAUUUCAGUUCAACCCUGUAUUGUUUGUGCUGAGUGAUUGAUCAUGCACAACCGGUUUCUAUACAGGAAAAUAAAAAGACAAAUCUAAACUUAUUUGAUCAAGACUGCAGUCAGUGACUUAAAUAAAAUUAGGCAUAUUCAGCCCAAUGGUGCCUUUCUUCAA